CAUCACUCAUUUCACCUGUCGCCCUGUCAUGUGAUAUUUUUUACUCGAGAAAAGAUUCGUGAUCGCAGUGUUCUCCUUAUUUUUUUAUUUUUCCUUAAACCACUUCGUGCCGAUCCUUGAGCCCGCAAUAUGGUUUCCGAGUGGGUCCCUCCGAUUGUUAUCACCUGUAUUUGGGCGUUCAUUGGCAUUAUUUGCCCCUUUUUCGCCCGAGGCCCCAACAAGGGGGUGACUCAAUGCUGCCUUAUGCUCACCGCAUCAACCUGCUGGCUUUUCUGGCUGUGCUGUUACAUGACGCAGCUCAACCCGCUGAUCGGACCCAAGUUGUCGAUGACCGAAAUCAUGAUUAUGGCCCGCGAGUGGGGCAAUGAGAUCAAAGACACCAUGGAUGUCGCCGUCUAAUUAGAAUGCAUUCGUUUCACGUGUUUUGUUAUUGUUUCCUUUACCUUGAGUGCUCUUGCAUUCUGUAUUAUUAAUUUCAGUUAAAUGUUCAAAGCAACAAAUAAAAUGUAUUGUUUUCUAUGUUUCGAAGCUUUUUCAAAAAAGCAAGGUCAAAAUUUUGUAAUAUAUUCAUGUACUUGCAAAAAAGUGGCGAUCAUUACCAAUAUUCCGAAAUAAAUAAGUCCUAACAUAA